GACAUCUAUGGAGACAAUGAUUACAACUAAUAGUAUAUAAAACUGAUUACUCAUUGAUUGUCACAAAGCUUUCAAUUGAAUUGAAAUAACUAUUUGUUUGUUAUUAUCACUCAAUUAAUUGACCGAAAAGUUUGACCAAAUGUCGGGAUCACGAUAUGACCGCGCGAUUACUGUUUUCUCACCCGAUGGACACCUGUUUCAAGUAGAGUACGCACAGGAGGCCGUCAAGAAGGGAUCAACUGCUGUUGGCGUUCGUGGCAAAGAUGUCGUUGUUUUGGCCGUCGAGAAGAAGUCUGUGGCCAAACUUCAAGAGGAGAGAACUGUUAGAAAGAUAUGUCUUUUAGACGAUCACGUGGUGAUGGCUUUCGCCGGUCUGACAGCCGACGCCAGAAUCCUUAUAGAUAGGGCUCGUGUUGAGUGUCAAAGUCAUAAACUGACGGUUGAAGAUCCCGUAACUCUUGAAUACAUCACUCGAUUCAUCGCUCAAUUGAAACAAAAGUACACGCAAUCCAAUGGUAGGCGACCUUUCGGUAUAUCUACUCUUAUUGGUGGCUUCGAUGAUGAUCAUACACCACGACUCUUCCAAACAGAUCCAUCAGGUGUUUAUCACGAAUGGAAGGCAAACGCCACCGGAAGAAAUGCAAAAACUGUUAGAGAAUUCUUAGAAAAGAACUAUUCGGCAGAAAUCGCUGAAUCAAAAGAGGCUACCAUUAAGUUAGCCAUUAAGGCAUUGCUUGAAGUGGUUCAGGGAAAGAACCUCGAAGUGGCAACAAUGGAAUUCGGACAAAAAAUGGCACUCUUGACCGCUCAAGAGAUUGACAAAUAUGUUACUAUAAUCGAGAAAGAGAAGGAAGAAGAGGCAGAAAAAAAGAAAACAAAGAAGUGAUUAUUCGACUUAUAAGACGUUUUAUUUAAUAUUAAAAGUUAACAAAAGUUGUAUUUUUUAAUUUCAAAUCCAAUAAAAUGAUAAC